GCCGUCUCUUUGCCAGGCUCCAGAGCGCUGCAGGAUCUCCACCUCUAACUUUGUGGCAAUAAGUUAGUGUUAUUUCUUGUGGGCUCUACAGAGAUGGAUUUCGAAGCAGUCACAAAAUACUCAAAACUGCAUGCUAAACCUCUGGGACUUUUCCUCCAAUAUGGAACAGCUGGGUUCCGUUCCAAGGCAGAAAACCUCGACCACGUCAUGUUUCGUAUGGGACUGCUGGCUGUCCUGAGGUCCAAGAAGACCAAAUCCGCUAUUGGUGUGAUGGUUACAGCCUCUCAUAACCCUGAAGAAGACAAUGGCGUGAAGCUGAUUGAUCCUUCAGGGGAAAUGUUGGCCCCUACCUGGGAAGAACAUGCCACAUUCUUGGCGAAUGCAGAAGAGCCCCAGUUACACUGUGUCCUGACUGAGAUCUGCCAGAAGGAGGCAGUGGACCUUCAGAGCAAGGCCUUCAUUGUGAUUGGUAGAGACACUCGGCCAAGCAGCAAGGAGCUAUCCCAAUCAGUAAUUGAUGGUGUCUCUGCCCUCGGAGGUCAAUAUCAGGACUAUGGCUUAGUAACAACUCCACAGUUACACUAUAUGGUCCGUUGUCACAACACUCAUGGCACCUAUGGAACACCAACAGUGGAAGGCUAUUAUCAAAAGCUCUCCAAGGCUUUUCUGGAGCUUACGAUGCAGGCUGCUCCCCAGAGGGAUGGCCGUGGGGGACUGAAAAUCGACUGUGCAAAUGGCAUAGGAGCCCUAAAACUCAAGGAAAUGGAACCCCAUCUUUCAGAGACCCUGGCAAUCCACUUGGCCAAUGAUGGAAGGGAAGGGAAGCUCAACCACAUGUGUGGGGCUGAUUUUGUCAAAGUUCACCAGAAGCCUCCUGUAGGACUACAAAUGAAUCCUGGUGAGAGAUGCUGCUCGUUGGAUGGUGAUGCUGACCGAAUUGUUUACUACUAUGUAGACUCUGUUGGCCAUUUCCAUCUUCUAGAUGGAGAUAAAAUAGCAACUCUAAUCAGCACUUUUCUUAAAGAACUUCUGAUAAAGGCUGGACAAACCUUAUCUUUUGCAGUAAUACAAACAGCUUAUGCCAAUGGAAGCUCUACUGGUUAUCUGGAACAAACCAUGAAGGUGCCUGUUCACUGUGCCAAAACAGGAGUGAAGCAUUUGCAUCACAAGGCCCAGGAAUUUGAUAUUGGCAUUUAUUUUGAAGCAAACGGUCACGGCACAGUAUUGUUUAGUAAAGCCGCAGAGGAUAAGAUAAGAUACCAGGCAAAAGAAGAACGAGAUGUCCAAAAAAGGGAAGCUGCAAAGAUGCUUGAAAACACAAUUGACCUGAUAAAUCAGGUAGGAGUGUUGGUGCAUUGCUAAAGAAACUUGUCUGUAGUUGUCUUGAAAUAAAACCUGGCUCCUAUUUGCACACCUUAUCUAUUCAUUGAGUUUCAUGGGUAAAAAUACAGAAGUGAUUUCCCAUUGUCCUCUUCCCAGAUGCGGGCUUGUUUUCCAAAUUAGUCUAUAACCCCUUGUCUUCUCAGAUAUGCACUCAGGAAAGAUCCUGCUUAGGUUUCUAAAUCAGCAAAGCUAAAGAAGUUUA